AUGAACGUCCCGCAUGAAAUCGGCCUGCUGGUGGAGGAGAUGCAGCGGCUUGGCAGUAAAAAUGCUAACGGCCAAACUAGCGUGAAGUUCGGGGUCUUAUUCAACGACGACCGCUGCGCCAACAUCUUCGAGGCGUUGGUGGGCACCCUGCGGGCGGCCAAGAAGAAGAAAGUGGUGGACUUCCAGGGCGAGCUGCUCCUGCAGGGCGUCCACGACAAUGUGGAAAUCGUCCUGCUGCAGGACUGA